CGAGUGGCGAUGAGUUUUUCGAACUGGUUACAAAUAUAAGCAUUAAGUGGUAAUAGCGGUUUCAAAAAAUGACAACCCGUGAUAAAUUCAUGGCUGCUGUUGAAAUCAUUAAUAGUUUGCCUCGCAAUGGUACUUUUCAACCAUCUGAGGACUUAAUAUUAAAGUUGUACGCAUUUCAGAAGCAAGCAAUUGAUGGCCCAUGUAAAACUUCAAAGCCAUCAAUUUGGGACAUGUCAGCCAGAAAUAAAUGGAAUGCUUGGAAUGCUUUAGGUGCUAUGUCUAAGGAAACUGCCAUGGACAAAUACAUUGAUGAGCUGAAAAAGGUGAUCGAAACCAUGUCAUACAAUGAGAAAGUUUCUAAAUUUAUGUCAUUAAUCGGACCAUUUUAUGAAGUUGUAACUGCUGAUGAAAUAGAUCAAGGAGAAAAAAGUUAG